AUGGAUCCACCUGAGUAUUUCCACGAAGACAAAGAGCACAAGAUUGAGGUUGGAGAGAUCGGUGAGACCUUCUCCUUUCAUCCUGAGAAGUUCAUGCGCUCCCGGACUGCUCGAGAGAAAGAAGUCUCAAUAGUUCCAACAGGAGUUGUGCGGUUGCAUGCAUUCCGAGAUGAAUGGCCAUUCAGUUGGGAAGAUCUAUGCAAGCGGCCGAUUCGGGAAAUCACAGACAAGCUGCCUUUGCUUCAACUAUGCAGGCUUCGCACAUGCCCUGGAGAUUGUGGUCACUAUCACCUGUCAGUUGAGGAAGAUGGGGCAGAGAGUGUCUUGCUUGAUUUUUGGUCUUGGCGUUGGUCGGCUUUGGAUGGCUCCAAGAAGCCGCCAAAAGAUGCUCAGGUCUUCCAGUUGUACAUCAGGUUGGAGCCUUUGCCCAUUGGAACUCAUCGACAAAGUCUGGCAGAAGCAUUGUCUCAAUGGGGUUGGUCAGCGAAGCCCAUGCAGCCGGCACGUGAUGCUCGUGGUCGUGCUUGGGAAGUGGGGUCCAAUGACCCGCCACCAGACAAUUUCUUGCCGUCAAAAGAUGGUUUGGUCACAGUGACACUCAUUCGAGAAACGUCUGUGAAACCGCAAGUGCAGAAUCUCAUUGUUGGCAAAAAGACUCGUGAUGCCAUCCAAAGAAGUGCAGUUGUGAGCUCAGCACCCGCAGACUCUCAAUUUGGAGAAGCAGGCGAUCCCUGGGCGAACUACCUGGCCAGAAAGAGCUCCUCAUCAUCUUCGGCUGCUCCAGCUUCGGUAACGCCGGCUCCUGCCUCUGCCAAAAUCGUUGAGGUUGAGACCAGACUCAAAGAUGCAGUGAAGACAAGUGUGAUGGAGGAGUUUGGGAAGCUCGAGGCAGGUGUGAAUGUUUCAACUGAUCAGCGAAUAGCAAAAUUGGAAUGUGACAUGGUGGAACUUCGAGCUCAGGGGCAGCGAUUCGAACAAUGGUUUGUGGAAGGAGUCGUGGUGAGUGACUAUCUCGGCCUGGCCAUGGGACUGGCCGUCCUGUGGUGCACAGAUCGUUUAGGCAAGAUCCUUGGCAGAAAGUCUUUGGAACCGGUCACAACUGAAUUCGGCCGUCGAGGGGUUCGCAUCGUCUGUGGUGAUAUGAACAUGAGUUGUUAUGAAUCCAAUACCUUCGACAUCUGGAGAUUGAACGGCUGGGAGGAGCUGCAGGUUCCUGCACUUGCUGCACUUGAGAUCAUGUAUCAGGACUAUCAGGCCAACUAUCGAGGCUUCGAGAAGUGGAACCAGGAGCAAAGAAAGAAGUCCUUGCAAACAAAGCUGGCUAGCUCUGUUUCUCGUACCUUUCAGACUGUGAGGGACAACUUCCGAGCGCCCUUGGAAACUCUGGUGGACAAGAUUGAGGACCUGAUGGCUGGGCAAGAGCAGACAUUGCCUUUCUUCCUGACAGAGCAGCUCAUGACAUUGUCAAUAGAGCAUGGCUUGGAUUGGCCACUUCAGUGGCAAACAGCGCUGGUGAGAUGUCUUGAGAAGACUCCUGGUUCAACGGAUGUGAAUGGGUAUCGUCCCAUUACCUUGUUUUCCACCUUGUACCGCCUGUGGGCAGGCCACAGAUCCAGACAAUUGCUUGCCUAUUUGGCUCGCUUUGGUGACACCCUUCAGUGCGGAUAUGCUCAUGGCCACGAGGCAAGUGACAUCUGGUAUCAUGUUCAGACACUGAUCGAGGUCCAGAUCAUGCAUGGAGAGGAGCUGCAUGGUGCGGUGGGAGAUUUGGUGAAAGCCUUUAAUCUUCUGCCCAGGCUCCCCAUCUUUCAUAUGAUGUCUCUAGUUGGCAUUGAAGACUCCUUUUUGGAUUGCUGGCGACGAUUCCAGGCGGGCCUGAGUCGCAGGUUCACGGUACGUGACAGCUGUGGGCCACCGCUGUACAGUGUUACUGGCUUUCCUGAGGGGUGUCCUUUGUCGUGCGUGGGCAUGUACGUUGUCGAUGUGGUUUGGCACCACUAUCAACAUCACUUCUCCAGCAUAUCUAAACCUUUGUCCUAUGUGGAUAACCUGGAGGUUUUGAGCACUUCAGCCCCAGCAGUUGUCCACGGAGUCACUGUGAUGAGAGAAUGGUGCUCGAUCAUGGACGUUGAACUUGAUGAGAAGAAACUAGCACUGUGGUCAACAUCCAAGCACGGUCGAAAGUAUUUUCGAGACAAUGGUUUCUCUGUCAUUUACAGUGGUAGGGACCUGGGUGGACAGGUCAACUAUGGCAAGGGGCUGAGAAACAGUGUUAUUGUCAAGCGAAUGCAGGGUCUGGAUGCUUGUUUUGCUGCAUUGACACGGUCGCUCUUGUCCAGGAUGCAAAAACGUUUGUGCAUCUUUGGCAGUUUACUGCCUAGAGGACUGCACGGAAGCGAGAGCACAACCAUUGGCGACCAACACUUUGUUGCUUUGGGCGGCCGAAUCAUGAGAGCCUUGCACUGGAAGCGCUCUGGGGCUAGUCAAUCGGUUGUGGCCAGCUUCCCAGUUGACCUGGACAAUAGUGAUGUUUGGCGCCUCAUAUGGGAUGAACUUCAAGCCAUGAGACGUUUGCUCCGGAUCCACAAGGUUCCAGCACAUCAGGAUGAAUCCAAAGCUUCUGACCCGCUUACUGAAUGGGCCAUCCGAAACAACAACCUGGUUGAUGAGGCCGCUUGUGCUGUCAACAGAGCUCGACCAGCCUGGUUUAUGUCUGUAUGGUCUCGGUUUGUCGGGGCGUGGCAACGUCAGCGACGAUUGCUUUCUCGCUUUGCUCAGCUGCAUUUGGCCAUUGCGGAGUUUGAUACGGACAAGCCUGCACGGCACAGUGAUCAGAUGGAGGUUGACGAUCUGGUACUGGACAUGGCCAAUAGGUGUGAGCCCAUCUCCUCCAUUUGUGGCGCUUGUGUCGAGAACCCCUUUCUGCCGCAAACGAUGGCUGGAGAUCUUCAGGUCUUUCGAGGCUUGCUCAAGACCUGGAGUGAAUGGAUGGGGUUCGAGUUCGUUCAAGACUAUGUGGAUUUGUCUUUGUGUGGUAUUCAUGCGCGGCGAAGAGAGCGGAUGCGGGAGAUGCCCACCAAUCCCGUCAGGUCGCUCGCUCGCUCGGGGGUGCCGGUUCCGAAGGGAGGAAGGAAGGAGUACAGGAACAUGAGUAGCAGCCCCUGUCAGACGAAAAGCUGGAAGCUGGAGCAGCGACUGCAGAUUUUCAUUGAAGCCACUUGGGAUGCUUCCUCCCGAAGAGAUCCGUCAGUCCAAGCUGCUUCCUACCGGGUCCUGAGCCGCUUGACGUGGAAGGUCCAGCUGGUCCCGGUCUGGUUGAUCCAUGGUGAUCCCAUCUCCAGCGCCCUAAGGAUUUCGGACAUGAUGCCCCGGAAGGGAUGCCCCAUGCAGCAGAAAGCGAGUCGCACCACUUUGUUCACUGAUGAUAGGACCUGGCUACUUCAAGUGGCCUUCUUUACCGCGGCCUACGCGGCGGCGUCUCCUUCGCAGUGGCAGGAAGCAGCUCGGCCGGAGAGGUUGUCUGAGAACGACGGUGGCCAAGGACUCUUUCAAAAGUCUUUGGGUCGCGUGGGCCGAUCCAUGCAACAUGAAAACCCGAUGGACAAGCGAGUCUAUUUGAUUUGCACAUCCCAUAAGGCUGGGAGCGAGCUGAUGCGGAACGUUUUUCGCUGGAUCUUCGACCUCAUGGGCGUGAAAGAGACCUGCAGGUAUGACGAUACGGGCGGAAGGCUCAUCUCCUAUGGCACCUUUAAGCAGAACUGCCCUGAUGUCGAUCAUCCGGUGAACGUCCGCUUCCAUAACCACAUCAGCCCUCCCAUCUUCGAGAGCAUCCGUGCCGAAACCGCCAAGAAGGGUGGCUUCAAGGGAGUGAUGACCAUUCGAAACCCCUUGGAGAUGGUCGUCUCCUCCUAUUGCUACCACCAUCGGGGCGCUGAACCUUGGAACCCCAUGGGUGAUAACAUGACGGACCUGGCCCCCAAGGAAGGCGUGCCCGAAAUGGCCCGUCGGAUGCUGCUGACCGUGAGAAACAUGACGCAUGCCUUCCAGGCGGCCAAGCCAGAGGUCUAUGUGAGCCACUACGAAAGGAUGACUGGAAGCUCCGCCGGUUUCAAUCAAACCGUCAAGGAGAUCUUGGACUUCCUCUGGGGCGAUGAGAUCUCGGACGACCUGAAGCAACGAGCCUUGGACGCCACGGUGCACGAGGACUUGCACCGUGGGGAAGAGGGCUUCUCCUUUCAUAAAGACGGCACAGCGGAUAGUAGGAUGGGGAAUGACGGGGUCAACCACACGAGUGAUGACCAAGAACUGGACGAAGCCCGUGCACACUUGUCGCUGCUAGACCAGGACGUCAUGGAGGAGUACAAGCGCUUCCAGCAGAUCCUGGGCUAUGCCCCAGGUUCCUUUGGUUCGCAGAUCGCGGAAUGGGGCGUUUUGCGCGGGAGGAUCUGGCUGCGUGUGGCGGCCUUCUCCGCUGUGGUGGCCGCCUUGGCCACAGCGACGUCGCCGUGGCAGGAAGGGGCGGCGGCGGAGAGUUGCGACGCUGGGCCAGAGGAGAACGACUGUGGUCAGGGACUCUUCCAGAAGUCUUUGGCGCGCGUGGGCCAGGGCCGGUCGAUGCAAGCGACCAACCCCCUGGACAAGCGGGUCUAUCUGAUCAUGUGUUGGCACAAGUCUGGCAGCAACCUCAUUCGGAACACCAUGCGUUGGAUCUUUGAUCUGCUGGGCGUGACCGACGCAUGCAGGUAUGACGGCAGCGGCGGGACGAUCAUCUCUCGCGGAGACGACUCGCAGAACUGCCCGGAGCACCCGUCGCAGCUCCGCUUCCAAAACCACGGGCAUGCGGGAUACCUCACAGAGCUCCGUGCGGAAACGGCGGCGAAGGGUGGAUUCAAAGGA